AUGUCGCGCAUCGAAGAGCUCCCCGAUGAUUUUGACGAGAGUGUUGAUCUCAAUGCGACGCCCAGCGCACCCUCGAUUGACGAGCUGUACAACCAGCACAUCAGUGCGCCCGAAACCAAACAUGUCUCAGACAAAAGCUUCGAGGAGAUUGUGCAAGAGAUGAGCAAGACACCUCUGUUCAUGAACAGUCUCGAUGAAGCGACUGACGAGGAUGGACAAAAUAUCAUGGUGGAAGCCAUCAAGGCCUUACAAUACGAGGGCACCAAAGCAGAGAUCGCCCAGGGUUUCAAAGAACGUGGCAACGAGAUGGUUGCAGAAAAGAAAUGGAGCGACGCCAAAGAGUUCUAUACGAAAGGCCUGGCCGUCUUGGUUGACAAGAGCGAAGACAAGUGGGACAAACCUACAGACAUGGAUGCCGAGAUGAAACAACGUAUAGCCCUCGAGGAGCAACUCUAUACAAACCGAGCACUGUGCAAUCUAGAGCUGAAAAACUAUCGGUCGACGACUCUAGACUGCGCAGCCGCCCUUCGAAUCAACCCUACGAACGUCAAAGCUCACUACAGGUCGGCCGCCGCUUUACUCGCGCUGGACAAGGUCCUAGAAGCUCUGGAUGUGGCAUCAAGAGGCAUCAAGAUCGAUCCAGAGAACGGCGCGCUGAAGAAGUUGUUGGACCAGAUCCGGACCAGAGCGAAGGCCAAGGAAGAGCAGGAUCGACGUCGGCAAGCUGAACUCAGGAGGAGGCAACAGGAAAAGGCCACGUUAGAUGCCGCUCUUAGGGCCCGGAAGAUCCAGUUACACGGCUCGAAGCAUUCUCCAAACUUGGAGGACGCAGUCAUCCGUUUGUCACCAGACCCCUUGUCGCCGACGAGCCAGCUUGAGUUUCCCGUCAUGUUGCUCUACCCGAUGCACAACCAGUCGGACUUGAUCAAGGCUUGGGCGGAGAAGGACACGAUCAAUCAACAUCUCAGCUAUAUCUUGCCGUUGCCGUGGGACGGCAAAAAUGAGUACCGGAUGGACACAGUGGAAUGCUAUAUGGACACAAUCAGUGGGGGAUUGAUCAAGAUUGGAAAGCAAUUGACAUUGCUUGAGGCCCUGUCCAACGGUAAGACACAGGUCGUCGACGGCCUAGUUAGGAUCUACGUAGUGCCAACAUCCAUGGCGGCCCAAUGGAUAGAGGAGGUGAAACGGAAAAAGGGCAAAUGA